AUGGGUUCAAUCGGACAAGACAAGUACAUCCGAUGGGAUGCAGAGGGAGUGGAAGUAGAGCAGCCGGGUGAGAAGGAGAAGAUCUGGGAGGUUUCGAACCAAUUCAACAGGAUGCAAAUGAUGAACUUCAACGAGCAUCAUCAUUGCUUGCGAGGAACUCACUUGAAGACUCAAGGAUGUGUUAUCGGUAAAUUCGUGGUGCACGACAAACUCCCACCUCACCUCGCUCAAGGCAUGUUUGCAAAACCCGGGACCUACGACUGCAUCAUGCGCUACUCGUCGCUCACGCCCAAGCUCAUCCCCGACAACGUGCCCCAGCCUCGUGGCAUCGGCAUCAAGAUCUUUGGAGUUGAGGGUGAGAAGAUCUGGGGUGAGGACAAGAAGACUCAGGAUUGGACGUUCAACAACUACCCUGUCCUGGAGCUGAGAACGCCAAAGGAUACUUGUGAGAUUUCCGAUUCGUUGGAGAGGAAUUGGAAUGAUAUUCCCAAGUUUGCGGAGGAGUUGGGCCAAAGGAAGGAUGCUGAGGUUGCGACCAUGCCGGCGAAGCUGCCCAAGCAACACAUGGUUGCCAUGCCCCAGUGGUCUCAAUCUGCCUACCGCUAUGGCGACAACGUGGCCAAGCUAGGAGUAUUCCCCAAGAGCGCGGAGCAGAAGAAGCUCGAGGAAGAGCUCAUCAAAGACGACGACCCGAUCAACAUCCUCUCCCAGCACACGCGUGCCUUCCACCAGAACCACAAAGUCACCUACUCUUUCUGCGCACAGCUGCUUCAGAAUCUGGACGAGCAACCCGUAGAUGACAUUGGCGUGGAGUGGGAUGAGAAGAAGUACCCGUUCGAAGAGGUCGCUCAUCUCGAAUUCGAGCCACAAGACUCCUGGCUUCCUGAGUUCCGCGUCUGGUGGGACGAUCGCAUCACUUGCAACUCCUGGCACGGUCUGAAGGUUCAUCAGCCCCUUGGUAGCACGAACCGGAUGCGUAGAGUUGUGUAUGCCGAGAGCAGGAAGCUACGUUUGAGGGUCAAUGGCUUCAAGGAUUACAUUGAGCCUUCGAGUUUGUCUGAGGUUCCGGCGCCUAUUCCUGCGAUUCAACUGCCAUACAACCCCAAGGCUGGGCAGAAGGCUGUUACGUCCGUUGAGAUCCAGGCCUGA